CUAAACACAACAUAUCCACCACAUCAUGUCUCCUCCUCCACCCCUAACGCCAGACCCAAAGUCCACCUUCAGGCCAGACUUAUUCAAAGGCAAAGUCCUCUUCUGCACAGGAGGCAGAAGCGGUAUCUGCUACCAGAUCGUCGAGACCAUGAUGUCGCUUGGUGUCGACGCAGCCAUUGUCGGUCGAGAUGCCAAAGGCCUCGAGGAAUCUGCGAAAAAGCUAGAAGCGUCGACAGGCGGAAAAUGCAUUCCAGCGCCAGCCGAUGUGCGACAGCCAGAUCAGCUAAAAGAUGCCGUGAAGCGUACACAAGAGGCUUUUGGUAGGAUUGACUUUGUCAUCUGCGGCGCCGCUGGCAACUUCCUCGCCCCCAUCUCUGGUCUCUCCGAACGCGCGUUCCGCACCGUCAUCGAGAUCGACCUCUUAGGCACUUACAACACACUCAAAGCUACACUCCCCCUCGUCCGUGCAUCUCGUGGUUCAUACGUCCACAUCUCUGCCACACUCCACUACAGAGGGGUGCCCUACCAGUCUCAUGUGGGCGCUGCUAAAGCCGGUGUGGACGCUCUGAACCAUUCGAUCGCUGUGGAGGAAGGACCAUGGGGUGUAAGGUCGAAUGUGAUUGCGCCUGGACCGAUCGCAGAGACCGUCGGCAUGGACAAGCUGGGCACCAAAGGCCGUAAGGUAGAACGCGAGGUGCCGCUAGGUCGACUAGGAAGUACUGUGGAUAUCGCAAAUGCCGCGGUGUUCUUAUUCUCUCCUGCAUCCGCUUGGAUUACCGGGGCCACCCUCGUGGUUGAUGGUGGUGAACACCAUAUCCGAUCGACGAUGCUCCCAUAUCCCGAAAGUUUGCUUGACCCAGAGAGCGUCAAGAGUCUUAUCAAGCCACGACUUUAAAUAUCAAUAGCUAAGAAGAAAUUGUGUUGUAUCAACGUCUUAAUUCAAAGUAUAGCAAAAAUGAAUG